AUGGAGUACCAUCCAAGCAGAGAUACAAAUAAGAAGUUGCAGAGGAAGUUGUUUGAGAACUCCAAUAGAGUCAGCAUUUGGAAGCCAGUGGUGGACAUCAAGGAGAACGACACAUCGAUCGUGCUGGUCUUUGAGCUGCCAGGCCUCAACAAGGAGAACGUCUCGAUCGACGUCUCCAAGGACGCCUCCACACUGAUCGUCAGCGGCGAGAAGAAAUACCUGAAGAAAGAUGAGUCGGAGAAGUGCCAUCGCAUCGAGUCUUCCUACGGCAAGUUCAUCCGUUCGUACCGUCUGCCGCCCGGCACCGACCCAAGCAAGAUCAAAGCGUCAAUGAACGACGGCGUGCUGGAGAUCACCAUUUGUAAAGAGAAGUUGGAGAAAGUCAGCAUUCCCAUUGUAUCAAAGCUUUAA